AUGGCCGGAAAUAAUAAUAAUAUUACCGAUGCGGAGUUGGGCGCAAAGGCUGACUUGAGCCAUGAGGAGGUUGUUCACAUGGCUGAGUUGACUGAGGAGGAGAAAGUUGUCGAGAAGAAAUUGCGCAGGCGCAUUGAUGCCUUGAUUAUGCCCUUGGUCAUUCUGGUUUACCUGAUGAACUAUAUCGAUCGAAACAACUAUGCCGCAGCAAAACUUCAAGGUCUCGAAGAGGACCUGAAUCUCGAUGAUACGAAAUACCAAACCGGCCUGUCUGUCCUGUUCGUCGGAUACAUUCUGAUGCAGGUGCCUUCGAACUUGCUCCUCAAUUAUAUGGGUCGCCCUUCGAUAUAUAUUGGAUUCUUCAUUUGCGCUUGGGGCCUGGUGUCUGCGUUGACAAGUCAGGUGUCCAGCUAUGGAGGUAUUGUUGCAUGCCGGUUUAUUCUCGGUAUCGUCGAGGCCCCCUUCUUCAGUGGAGUCUUAUUUUACCUUUCAAAAUGGUACACCAAAAGAGAAUUGGCAUUCCGUAUGAGUAUCUUCUAUUCCGGCUCGUUGCUCAGCGGCGCCUUCGGUAACCUCAUCGCCGCCGGUAUUCUGCACGGUCUCAAGGGAAAGCGAGGACUCUCAGCUUGGCAAUGGCUUUACGUGAUCGAAGGCGCAAUCACCUGUGCCAUCGGACUGGCCGUUUGCUUCAUCUUACCUGACUUCCCAGAAACAUGGAAGCUUCUUUCUCCGGAGAUGCGCAAAGUGGCUCAGCGCCGUCUUGCCGUUGAGGCCGGCGAGGCCGAUGUGGAUGAGAAGGGUGGCGUGAAUCAAAUAAAGGGCUUGAAGCUGGCUAUGACCGAUAUCAAGACCUACGUAUUUGCCCUUGGCUACAUGUGUAUCACCGGAGCGGCAGGUUUCCAGAAUUUCUUCCCGACUCUCGUCAAAUCAUCCCUCGACUACUCUGAGACAAUCUCCCUCGUUCUCGUGGCACCCCCUUACCUUUUCAUGGUCGCAUAUUCUCUCGGCCAUUCCUGGACUUCCGACAAGCUGGAGAAGAGAUUCUGGUUUUUCGUCUACCCAAUCCCAAUCACGAUUAUCGGCUUCGUCGUCUAUAUGAAAACCAACACCUUCGGACCCCGAUACUUCUCCUUCUUCUUAAUGGUCUUCGUGUUCGCUCAAAACGGUACUAUUUAUUCCUGGCUCGCCAGUUCGCUCCCUCGCCCGCCCGCCAAGCGUGCUGCUGCCUUUGCAUUCUUCAAUUCCCUCGGAAACAGCGCUUCGAUCUGGACGCCGUAUACAUACAUGGACAAAGAGGCACCCCACUACCAAACCGCGAUGGGUGUCUGCAUUGCUCUCCAAGUCGUCGGUGGACUGUGUGCUCUUUUCUUAUACUUCAACCUGAAUAUGCUCAAUAAGCGACAGCUGAGACUUGAAAAUGAAGAGGUAGAGCUCAGCCCGAAGGAUCUUCGUCGGUUGCAGGUUACUGCUGAUGUUGAGGGGAUUGAUAUUGCUGCUGCGAGACGGUUGCAGAAGGGAUUCCGUUAUGUAUUGUAA